UUUUUUUUAAAUAGCUCACCAUAUAAUGACAAUGCAAUCGACAUACCCGCAAUCUUCUUCUAAUAUAUAUUCAAUACCAAAUACUUUUAGUUUUGGGUUUCCCUUAUCUUUCACUCCUGAAGGAAAAAACAAUAAGAAACAACCAGUCUCGGCACCCACUUCAAUAAAACGUCAUCAUGUUACGAACAGCCAGGUACGACCUGAUAGCAUGAAACAAGACUCAACUAAUACUACUACUCAAGGAAGUCAAGUGUUGGACAACUUAUCUGAAGAUUUACGACAAUAUGAACUCGUAUUAGACUCUUUGGUAUCAGCAAAUCUGGACAACAAUGUGAAAGAAGAAAUCAAGCAUGUGGAUCAAUGGUUCAGUUACCUCAGUGAAACAGAAAGAACGGCUACAAUAUAUGCUUUACUUCAACAUUCAACACCAGUUCAAAUUCGAUUUUUUAUUACUGUUCUUCAACAACUUGGAAAACAAGACCUCGUUAACCUAUCACCGUCCUAUCCCGAAAAUGAUACUCCAAAAAUGGAUAAUUCAACUUCUCAUACCGACAUUGAUCCAAUCAUCAGCAAAACAAGCAAGAAUCGACGAUCUUAUGCAUUUGGUGAUAUCUCUUCUUUAUAUCGACAUUCUUAUUCCCCUUUUAUGGAUACUGGAACCCGGCCUUUCUCUGAUCCUUUUUUUGACAACUCUACUCCUUGUUUGUCUCAUAUACCCAGCUUGACUGCUGAUGGAUGGCCUUACCAGUCAACAAGCACGGGACUACGCACGGGGAAUCAAGAAUCACCACUCUCUUAUGAACACGUUGAAGCACCACGACCAAGAUCUGCUGAUAUAUCUCCUGAAUCAUUAGGUGUACCACCAACCAUACUUCCAAUCAACAAUAACAAGAAUAAUAAUAAUGAAAAUAUUCGUCAUUCAACAUCACAGAUGACAUUUUUGACUCCCUCAGAAAGAACGUCAUGGCAUGAUUUACCAUCACCAACCACUAGGAAAUUCUCUGAGAGUUUAUUUCAACCGCUUGAUUCUAACGACAAGAACAUAUUAAAAACAACAACAACAAAUCAAAUCAAUUCAAGUCUCGACAGUAUUGAUUCUUUGACCAACAAAGUGAAUCAUUGGUCAUUCUAUUCUCCUCCAAAACAAAAUGCAGGCAUUCUAUCUGGUGAUAUUCACGGUUUUGGACGACGUUCUCAAUAUAGCAACAGUAACCCUGGAUUAUCUGAUUUACAAUCAUCAGUAUAUCAUGGCUCUUCUGGACCAACUGUCAACAAAACUAAAGGACAUCAUACCCAAUCUGAUAUGAAUCGGAACAGUAACUAUACUUAUUCAACGAAAAUACAACGUAAUAGUAGCAGCAAAACAACAUCUCAUCAAAAAGAACGACAUUCUUUUGAAGAAGUGGAUAUGAAUAUAGUGCAAGAUAUUCCGGCUUGGCUCAAGAGUGUUCGAUUACAUAAAUAUACACCAAUAUUUGAAUCAAUGUCAUGGCAACAGAUGAUAUUAUUGACAGAUGAUCAGCUACUCGAAAAAAAAGUGAUGGCUCUAGGAGCAAGAAGAAAAUUACUCAAGUUGUUUGAUCAGAUAAAACAGCAUUGUGAUAAGAAGGUAAAAACAUCCAUUCUAUUUAUUUACAAAAGUAACUUACAAAUCUUUUUUUUUUUUUUUGGUCUAUAAUAGGGUAUCAAAUAUGAAUAAACA